UUAUACUUGAAAGAAAAGCUUUAUAGAAAUUGUUCCAGGAAACUUAGUAUAGGAAGCGACACAGUCCAGCCACAGUUUUCAACUGGUGUGUUACGUUCAGCUAGAGAGAGUCUUCCUAGUGUGGACAGCGCGGUGGAUUCUUGGGGCGAAUUGGGAGAGAGUGGUAGUACUAUGCCAGAGAUAUUGAGAAUUUGGGAUACUGUUUCUGUAGACAGCGGACAGUUAGACUUAUCAAUACCAUCUUAUCCAGGAGUACAAGAAUGCGGUGAUUCCGACAAUAAAGCCCAGCAGAUAGUGCAUGUAUCGUUGCACAAGGAUCCUGUUUAUGAAGACUUUGGCUUUUCAGUGUCAGACGGUCUUUAUGAACGGGGAGUUUAUAUAAAUCGUUUACGGCCUGGCGGACCUUGCGAUGGUAUUCUGCGAUCAUAUGACAGAAUUCUUCGAGUGAACGAAACCAGCACGGAAGACUGCGACUGUUGUUUGACGGUUCCGCUUAUUGCAGCAGCCGGACCGCGUCUAGAUCUAACCAUAGCAAGACUCUUAUCCCCACAAAAUAUUAUAAAAACUUUGUAAAUCGAUACAAUAUCAUCUAUAAUCAACUGCUAAUAUAUCAUCGCUAUAAUCUUAUUACAGAAUAUCUUGGUUACUUUGAAGAAUACUUUAUCGUAAUAUUAAAUAUUUUAAAGAGUACUGAAUAAACUAAAUAUUGUUGAUACUGGUAGUUAUUUUUGAGGCAUGACUGUAAUUUUAUAUAUGAGCAUUGCCUCGAACAAUAUAUAAUGCUUUCAAUAUAUUUUUGUACAUGUGUAUAUUAUUUAUAAAAAUAGAUGCAUAGAUUGUGGUUUUCCAGUUAAAACAUCUUUUCCUACAUAAAAUUCACACGCACGCACGCACAUGCCCAACAUACAAUCUGUGAACAUGCGCCUGUAUAUUGACACUUAAAAAACUAAAGAAGUUAAAUAAAAUUAGAACAACACAAUAUAAUUUGUAUAAUGUCCAAAUCACAAAUACAUAAACUGUAUUGUAACUGUUUAAUUAUUUAGAUAAUUCAACACAAUUUUCACAAUGUAAUUUCUAUAUAUUAAUAAAUAUGCAUCAAAUAUGUGAGAA